GUCUCCACGCUAUGCUUAGAGCGUCAGCGGAAACAGCCAAUAGCGGCGCGGCGCUGGUGCACGGAGAGCCAAUAGGAAGCGGGAGACGGCGUCGGUCGGGUAGGCGAACAGAGACGGUCGGUCGGCGGAUCACCGGCUGCGGCGGCAGAGUGGCUGGGUCGGCACGGGAGGGCUGAGCUCGUUCUCACAUCAGCCUCCGGAGAUCUACUCCCUGGCGCCAUGACGUCAGCAUCGACCAAGGUCGGGGAGAUCUUCUCAGCGGCCGGUGCCGCCUUCACGAAGCUGGGCGAGCUGACGAUGCAGCUGCACCCGGUGACUGAUUCCUCACCAGCGGGGGCCCGCUGGACAGACACUGAGAUUCAGAUGUUGCAUGCAGCUGUCAGACGCUUCGGGGAGGACUUAAAUCAGAUCAGCUCAGUAAUAAAGGAGAGGACAGUUGCACAGAUUAAGUUUGCUGUGAAGCGAAAGAUCUAUGAUGACAGCGGAGUUCCCCUGUCAUGUGACUCCCCCCGGAAAGUGGUAAAGAAGGUUGUACCAGUGUCCUCCUCUGUCCCUUCUGUCAUCACCGUGUCUGCACCCCAGGUGGUCAGCGGGACGACCCUUCCUGAGGGGUCUCAGGGAGCCAUGAGGAAACGCAAGUCAUCUGCAGAUGUAACUCUCAGUGCUCUUAAUGACUCGGAUGCAAACAGCGACCUGGUGGACAUUGAGGGUUUGGGCGACAGGAGCACAGUGAAAAAACUCAACUUUGAUCAGGAUAGUCUAAAUUUGGACUCCAGUUUUAUUAUGAACUCCAGUGACCUCCCUCUGUUAUCUCGCUGACGGCCCGCCCGUGCUGCGCCCACCACCUGUCCAUUAGCUUGUACAUAUGAAGUUUUUUCCCAUCCUGCUCAUUCCCUGUCAGAACAUCUCUGCUACUGAGAAUACCGGCACUGUGUCACGUCCAGUAUCAGCCCCAGGAGACCAAUGACCCAUACGCCCUGUGACCUCUGACACUGAUAUUGUGAUGGCAGUUUUCAUUUCUUUUUUUUUUAAAUAAAGUUAUUAAAAUGUCAAA